AUGGCCCCCGGCCUCUUCUACCCGUCCAAGUUUCUACCUCCAGGACUGGGGGGAUUGACGCUGCCCGGCUUCCCCGCGCUUGCGGGGCUCCAGGGCGCCGUGGGCGCCGGCGAAGAUAAGGCCCCCGACAAAGCCGAGGGGGCCGCCUUUCAGGAAGAGGAGCCCCUCGAGGGCAGCGACGCCGAGGAGAGCCUGGACAAGACGGCUGAGUCCUCCGUCCUGGAAGACGAGAUCGCCCAGGGCGAAGAGCUGGACUCCCUCGACGGCGGGGACGAAAUGGAAAACAAUGAAAAUGACGAAUAA